AAAGUGUAAUAAAUAUGUCACCUAUGCACCAUCGUACUAUUUAAGAUAUAUCUAUCAAGGCUAUCAAAUACUAAAUUUGAUAUUACGUGGAUUUAGAUAAAUGUAGAACAUGAAUGAAUACGAAUAUAAUGCAUCGUUUGAGAUCAAUGAUGAAAUACAGCAGAAGUUUGAUGAAUAUGGAUAUAUAUUAGUCAGGAAACUAUUUGAACCAGAAGUUAUAAAUAGAAUAAAGGAAAUGGUACAGAAUAACGAGGAGAUGUUAAAGUAUAAGUGUGACAUUCCCGACAAAGAAGGUCAAAUGUCUUCUAUGAUAGCUUGGAACCAAGCUGGAAGUGACGUGAGUGGCAUGAUGGCAAGAUGUGAAAGAGUGGUUAAUCUGGUUGAAAAGUGUCUAGGUGGAGAAGUGUACUUAUAUCACUCGAAGUUUACCAUGAAGUGGCCUAAGAAUGGAGCAGGUUUCCACUGGCAUCAAGAUUAUGGAUAUUGGUAUGAUUAUGGAAAUCUUUAUCCUGACAUGGGUACAUUAUUCGUGGCAAUUGAUGAGUGUACUGUGGAAAAUGGAUGUUUACAGCUUCUCCGUGGAUCGAACAAAUGUGGAAGACUGGAUCACACUAAAGAUGACGGACAAUUCUCUCCCUCGAAUGAAAGAUUGGAAUUUUUAAAAAAGAUACUCCCUCUGGAGAUUGUAGAAAUGAAGCCGGGUGAUGCUGUUUUCUUCCAUUGCAAUGUCUUACAUAUGAGUGAAAUUAACACAAGUGACAAACGCCGAAUUGGGUUUCCAAUAUGUUACAACAGGGCAAGUAACAGUCCAACGAAGGAACAUCAUCACCCGCCUUACUCUCCGAUAAGCAAGGUAUCAAAUAAAGAUUUAUUUAACUGUACAAACAUAACAGAUAUGACAGGCAAGGAGUUUAUAGACCUCGCUAAUGCAGCAACAGUUAAGAGUCAGUUAACAUCGUUUGGAAAAAAUGGUACAAAUUAAUCGGGAAAAUAUACAACUGGAUAUAGAUAUUUCAGUAAUAAAAAUAAAUAGAGAUGGUCUGUGAUUUUAACUUUGAGUAAACGUGCCGAUGGUUAGCAAGAGUUAUUCCCCGUUGAACAUUAUUUAUAAUCUAACAUGUGUUGAAUAAAAUUCCUGGUUACAUUAACUUAUUCUGAGAAACCAAGAUUUUUUAAUCUCUAAACGAGGUAGAAAUAUGUUUAGCACUAUCGUAAAAAAGAUUAACUGUAAAACAAUAAUUGUCCUUACCAUAAUCACAUUACGGAUAUUUUGAUAACACUACAGUAACCUACAAAGGUAAACGAAUCUGACCUUAUAUUCACGGUUCAUUAAUCAUUGGUAAAACAAUAAAUAUAUUAUUUGAA